UCAGUCUUUCCCCUCUUCAUCCUUUCAUCAAUUGACCCCUUCUUUGAGACCACCCUCCUCUCUUUCCACCGGCGCCAUGCCGUUCGCUCUUUUGCCCCAGCAAACCCUCCUUCGCCCACCCCCAUCGUCUGCCCUCACCAUUGUCGCGUCUCUCCUCCAGCAACAUCACCACCACUACAACAUCCAAUCUCGCACCUACGCCUCCCACUCAACCAAAUCCAAAUCCCACUCCCGCCCAUCCUCCUCCGCCCAACCAACUUCUUCUUCCACCUCUACCUCCUCCACAACCACCCUCGCCAACGACAUCAAUCCACCCCCCAGCACCCGACCCGCCGACCUCUCCCUCCCAGCAUCCCUCCCCCCUUCGUCCUCCCCCGCCGACAAAGUGAAACGCUACAUCUCAAUCGGCCGCGCCUACCUAAUCUUCUACAAAACGGGCCUCAAAAAUGUCUACCACAAUUACCGCGCCGCCCUGCCCUUCCGGCGCACCCUCAACCUGCCCACUUACAUCCCCAGCUCUCCACCCACCACCACCGCCUCCUCUUUCCUCCAAACCUUCCAUUCCGCCGGUCUCAGCCGGUCUCAAUUUCAACUUCUUCGCCGCUCAGCCUACGACAUCCGUCGAAUGAUCCCCUUCUCAUUGGUCCUGAUCAUCUGCGGCGAGAUGACGCCCUUGGCGGUCCUGGCGCUGGGAAAUGCCAUUACGCCUUUGACGUGUCGGAUCCCGCGCCAGCUGGAGAAAGAGCGCGUGAAGCGGGCGGUCAGGAAGAGGGAUGCUCUGGUGCCUGUGGGGUCGGUGACGGCUCCCACGGUAGGGUCGGACGCGGAGAUGCGCGUAUUGAAGGAGAUGGUGGAUGGGGAGUGGAUCCGGACGGCCAGGCCAGGGGACAUCCUGCGCGCAUGUGCGGCCCUCGGGCGGGCCAAGUCGCAUACCCGCCCGGAGUGGUUGGUGGGUGUGCUCUAUCGGCCCCGGUUGCGCCGGUAUGCGGAGUAUCUGGAGGUGGAUGAUGGAUUGAUCCGUUCUGGCGGGGGCGUGUCGGGGAUGGAAGCCGCCGAGGUGCGCAUGGCGGUGGAGGAGCGCGGCGGCGUCGGGGUUGGGGGAAAAGAAGGCUGGGAGACUGAACGGGAGCAGAGACGCUGGCUGGAGAAAUGGCUGGCGGACAAGGAGUAGGUAGGUAGGUAGGUAGGUAGUGUGGAUGUAUAGCAACUGCACAUGCAUAUGUACAUUAGUCAAGGCACUAUGGAUCAUUUCGACUCGUCAUCUCGCCGGGGAGGGCUGCUGCAUCUCGCCCAUCCGGGCCCCCGGCCUUCACGGCUAGCUAGUAUACACUGUACAGGUC